UUUUUCUUUUUUUUUUUUUUUUUUAUAUUUUCUUUAUCCCCUUUUUAUAUACUACGUGUAUUGUAAUGAGUCAAGAAGCUCCACGUCAAUUCGGUGUCACACCACCCAUUUCCUCAGCUCCUCCAACAGAAAAAGAAUUAAAAUUAACAGAAAGCCUCGUACAGACACUUAAGGAUUUCGGUCUGUUUGAAAGUGAACAAGAAGCCCAAAAGAGAGUUGUUGUUUUGGGAAAAUUAGACAAGAUGGUAAAAGAUUUUGUUUAUACCGUUAGCAAAUCUAAAGGUUUCCCUGACACUCUUGCCAAAGAAGCUGGUGGAAAGAUCUUUACCUAUGGUAGUUACAGACUUGGUGUUCAUGGCACAGGUGCCGAUAUUGAUACACUAUGUGUGUUUCCUAAGCAUGUUGAAAGAGAGCAUUUUUUUACAAUCAUGUACGAUAUGUUGAAAGCAAGACCUGAAGUUACCGAGUUAUCUGCUGUUUCUGACGCUUAUGUACCUGUUAUCAAGAUGCAUUUUUCUGGUAUUCCCAUCGAUUUUAUUUGCGCAAGGUUAUCAAUUGCACGAGUACCCGACGAUCUUGAACUUGCUGAUAAUAAUGUGUUAAAGAAUUUGGAUGAACGGUGUGUUCGUAGUUUAAACGGUUCCAGAGUCACUGACGAUAUUUUACGCCUUGUUCCUGACGUGGCAACAUUUCGAAUUGCAUUGAGAACAAUUAAAUUAUGGGCAAAAUGUAGAUCCAUCUAUUCCAACGUGAUGGGAUUUUUAGGUGGUGUUGCUUGGGCCAUGUUAAUCGCACGUAUUUGUCAGUUAUAUCCCAAUGCUUGUGCCUCAGCCAUUGUUGCCAGAUUCUUUACAAUCAUGUAUAGAUGGAAAUGGCCACAACCUGUCUUACUUCGCCCUUUAGAGGAUGGUCCUCUUCAAGUACGUGUUUGGAACCCCAAAUUGUACCCAGCCGAUAGAAGUCAUCGUAUGCCCAUCAUUACGCCUGCUUAUCCAUCCAUGUGCGCAACCCAUAACGUUACUGAUUCAACCCGUGCUAUUAUGAUUAAUGAAUUUAAGCAUGGAAUUGAUGUUGUGGAAAAGGUGAUGGAUGGUGAGGGAAAAUGGGCUGAUUUGUUUGUAAAGAGUGAUUUUUUCCAUUCUUACAAAAACUAUCUUGAAAUCACUUCUUCUUCCAUGUCUUCAGAAUCCCAAUUGACCUGGUCUGGUCUGGUCGAAGCCAAGUUGCGUCAACUCGUAUUGAAACUGGAAUUACUUGAACUGAUCAAACUCGCGCAUCCAUACAUUAAGGGCAUUGACAAAAUUCACUACUGUUUAACAAGCGAGGAAGUUAUCAAUGCAUCCAAGGGUGUAUAUUCACAAGAGCGCUCAUUUACUGUAGAGGAAGGUAGUUUGGAAACAAACCAUAUGGAUCUGUUAAAGGAAAAAGGUUUAGUGACUGAAGAGAAUGAGAAGGAUGUUGUAAGAGUAUUCUCUACUACAUUUUAUAUUGGGCUCGAAACGUUGCCCAAGAUUGCUGGAUCCAAUGAAACCAGAAAGCUGAAUAUCGUGCACCCGUUACAAGAUUUUCUUAGAUUGGUCAAGGCCUGGGAUAAAUACGAUGAAAAUGAGAUGAAGAUAUCCGUUCAGAGUCUUAAAGGGUGCUGCAUAAUAAACAAUUUGUCUUUUUUUAUACAAAUCAAUAAUUUUUGCAAUAUCCAAGUGCAUUGGAACUAACACCUUUUCAACCUUUUUCUUUUCUAGAUCUAUGUUGCCUUUUGAAUUAACUGGAGAUGAAAGAAAACCAAAGAGACCUCAAGAUGAUCGCAAGAACAAUCCAUCAUCACAACCUAGCAAGAAACACCGUCCCAGUAAUACCACAUCUGUUACUUCUCAAUCACAGGAGAUUGCAUCUACUCCUCCUCCUCCUCCUCCUCCUACUGCAGUAACUCCAAUUCCUACUGUAGUUACUCCAAUUCCCACCACCAUCACUACUCCUACCACUACCGCAAC